GUGAACAAAAUUUCACCAGGCUGGGUGAAGUUGCUAACUUCUUCAAUCGUUAAAUUAGUUCACAAUGUGGCGGUUGAAGCCUCUGUCGAGCUCAGUUAAAGUUUCCACAGUACUGGCCCCAAAAUGUCAGUACCCUAAAGGGACAACUAUUAGUCAAAAGCUACUUGUUCGUAAUUUAUGGAAUGGGACAAAGAAUUGCCAAGCCACCUCCCCAGCAGCUCAAUUGAAGACGGAUCAUGUAUUCAAAGAAGGACAAGAAAUAGAAGGUUUUACUGUUACUGAAGUUGGACACAUUCCUGAGUACCACUUGACAGCUGUUCAACUUCUUCACAAGGAGACUGGUGCCAAAUAUUUGCACAUAGAUAGGAAGGAUACAAACAAUGUCUUUUCUAUCAAUCUUCGAACAACCCCUAUGGACUCAACUGGCUUACCUCAUAUUCUGGAGCACACAACAUUGUGUGGGAGUGAACGGUUCCCUGUGAGGGACCCUUUCUUUAAGAUGUUGGUUCGGUCUUUGGCUACGUUCAUGAAUGCCAUGACCGGCCCUGAUUAUACCAUAUACCCAUUUGCCACCCAAAACAAACAGGACUACUUCAACCUCAUGUCUGUUUAUCUAGAUGCCGUAUUUAGACCAAAGCUCUCAGAGCUGGACUUCAAGCAGGAAGGAUGGAGGCUCGAGCAUGAGGAUGUGUCGUCCAAAACCUCACCCAUUAUCAUCAAAGGAGUUGUUUUCAAUGAGAUGAAAGGAGUUCUCUCUGACAACACAAAUAUUUUCAUGGAACGCUUCAUGAAUUCCAUCCUGCCAAGUCACACUUACGCAAUCAACUCAGGAGGAGACCCCUUAGUUAUUCCAAAUCUAACUCACAAAGAUUUGGUUGCCUUCCACAAAAAUUACUAUCGUCCAGAGAAUGCUAGGUUGUAUUCUUAUGGAACAUUCCCGCUUCAUGAAACUCUAAACUAUGUCAGCUCAUACCUUAAAAAAAGCCAGGGUGAGAAUGUAGACUCAUCAGUUCCAUCAGAGCCAAGAUGGAAGGCCGAGAGGCGUGAGCAUUACUCUUAUCGACCAGAUACUUUAGCUGCAGAUCCAAAGAAGCAGUCGUCUAUAGCUGUUGGCUGGCUCACUUCUGACAUCAAUAAUGUCCAGGAAAACUUUGAACUAUCGAUUAUAACAGAGCUCCUUAUUAAGGGCCCGAAUUCUCCCUUCUACCACACUCUGGUUGAACCCAACAUUGGAGCUGGCUUGCACCCCAUUACUGGCUUCACAUCCCAAACCAGAGACACCAUCUUUGCUGUUGGUUUGCAAGGAAUGGACUCUGCAGAUUUUGACAAAGUGGUCUCAAUUAUUGACAAUACCUUGGCCGAUGUGGUUAAAAAUGGAUUUGAACAAGAGAGAGUUGAAGAAGUUCUGCACAGUAUUGAGUUGGGUAUGAGGCACCAGUCAUCCAACUUCGGUCUAAGUGUACUUUUUGGUUUGGCACCUCUGUGGAACCAUGGUGUGAAUGUUUUUGAUGCACUUCGACAAGCUGAUCAAAUUGCUAAACUGAAAGCUAAGUUGUCACAAUCUCCUACAUACUUACAGGAUAAGGUAAAAGAAUGUUUGGUGAAUAACUCUCACAAACUCAUUCUAACAAUGUCUCCAGACAAUGAUUAUGUAGCAAAACAGGAUAAAGCUGAAGCAGAAAUCCUGGCAGAAAAACUGAAGAAGCUUUCAGAGGAACAAAAGGAAUUGGUAUUCAAGCAAGGCCUCGAAUUGAAAGAGGCUCAAGAGAAGAAAGAUGAUCUUUCUGUUCUCCCUACUCUACACAUCAGUGAUGUUAAAGAUGACGUUGAACGCCAUCAACUACAGCUGGUCAAGAGCAACAAUGUCCCUAUUCAAUAUGCUGCACAGCCAACCAAUGGAAUCACUUACUUCCGUGGGAUAAUUAACUCAGCACAUCUUACAGAGGAGGAGAAGAAUCUGUUUUCUGUGUUUUGCAGUGUUGCUGCAAAAAUGGGAGUGAAAGACCACGACUUCCAUGAAUUUGACCAUCUGGUUCAAAUGAAAACUGGGGGCCUUGGCAUUGGCGUUCAAAGUGUCAAUCAUACGUCUGAUGUGGCUGCCUACGAAGAAGGAAUUUUGCUGAGUUCAUAUUGCCUGGAAAGGAACUUUGAAGCUAUGCUUGACCUAUGGAGGAAAUUGUUAUGCUCUGUCACAUUUGAAGAUAAGAACAGAUUAGAGACUCUGGUCAAUGACAUGGCCUCAGACCUGGUGAAUGGUUUGAUUCAUUCUGGACACAGAUAUGCUAUGUUGAGUGCUGGUAGUCAAAUAAGUCCACUAGCUCAGUACCAAGAAAUUUCUGGAGGGGUCACUCACAUAAAUAUUAUGAAAAAGUUGGCAGGAUCUGAUGUAGAACCUUUACUCUCUAAGAUGCAGGAAAUCGCAAAGAAAGUUUUUGUGAAGGAUAACCUUCGAAUUGCUGUUAACUGUAUGCCUGAAGUUCUCCAAGAAACAGAAGCUAAACUUGCGUCUUUCUUAGAAACCAUUCCUGGAACUCCAAACUCACAGCCUAAGAUUUGGACCAAUAAUGAACCUGUAAAUGAAACCAAUCAGCCUGGUAUUCAUCAUGUACUUCCAUUGCCUGUUAACUUUGCUGCCAAGUCAGUCUUGACUGUGCCCUACACUCAUGAAGAUCAUGCUGUCCUUCAAGUACUUGGUAAAUUAGUGUCUUCCAAAUAUCUUCAUCCAAAUAUUAGAGAAAAGGGUGGUGCAUAUGGAUCAGGCGUUGGAAUAAACCAGUCUGGUCUGUUAAAUUUCUUUUCAUACCGUGAUCCAAAUACCACUGCAACUUUUGAUAUAUUUGAUAACUCUUAUAAUUGGGUCAAGAAAAAUGAAUUUUCUGACAAAGAAAUUGAUGAGUCAAAACUUGGGUUGUUCCAGGGGCUUGAUGCUCCAGUGGCGCCCGGGUCAAGAGGAAAUCUCAACUUUGUCAACCACAUCACUUAUGAUAUGCUGCAAAAAUAUAGGUUGAGUGUCAAAAAUGUGACCCGGGAUAGAAUAUUAGAAGUAGCAGCUAAGUUCCUUAAUCCUGAAAGCAAGGUUAUUGCAUCACGCACUUUAAUAGGACCUGAAAAUAAGGAUAUUGCUUCUCGUCCAGGGGAAUCUUGGAAAUCUAUGUCUUACGAAAACUAACCAUCUGUUUUCCAUUUCAAUCCAUCAUUGUAUUUGCAUUUGAAACCAAUUUUUGUAUACAAGCUGUAAAUGUUAUGCAACUUUGUUGUAUCCUGAAUAAAUUUUAUGAUUAGUA